AUGCAUGCCUACCUCGGCACAGGGCUGGAGGUGUUGUCAGACAAAGGUGGCCGGGAGGAGUUCCGCUGCGACAUCCUCGAGACACCAACGAUGUUUGAUGGAGUGUGCGAGGUGUCUGUUGGCACUCCUGCAGGCUUUUACAACUUCACCUACGUCCUUCAGGAUGCUAAGACUGGUGAAGGUUAUGGCAGAAACAGCUGGGAGGCGGGCAGUCAGGGGCUGCAUAUUUGA